UCCACUCGAGUGACUCUGGUAGGUUGACCCUGAGCGGAGAAUACGCCGUGCUUGUCAGUCCGGUGUGAAGUGUGGCGGUGUGAGGAGCUUAGCUGCACUCCACUGCCGGUGUGGAGUCGGUAUAAAGACAGACGGAGAGAGCCAUUCAUCAUGAGUUGAUAUGUGAAGCAAGCAAUGCCUCGUUGUAGACGAAAACUUUUUGUUAUAGUGUGUGUCAUCUGUACAUUUGUACUCUGUCUCAACACUUUGAUUGUCCCGAGACUAUCCAACACUGCCACCCUCGCGGAGGGGGGUGGGGGCAGUCAUCCCCACCCCGUACAGGACUUCGGGGACUCGGCCGGUUUGGCCCACCUGCCUGCAUGGCGGAAAAGACUAAACAAGAGCAACUAUACCAGCGACACUAGUCCGGAGGGGGAGGGUGUUGGGGUGGGCGACCACGAACCCUAUAGACUCAACUAUAUGCCCCAACAGAAGGCAAACGAGCGAGAUCCAGAGAAACCUUUAAAACACGUGCAAGAAAACAACAAUGUCAGUUCGAACCCAAGGACGUUCAAAUCUAAUUAUUCCGACCAACAACUGGAUAAUUUUCUACAUGUUCUGAAUAGAAUAAACAACGAAAGCUUCCCCUUUUCUACACACGAUGAAGUCCCAUUAUUUAAGUUUUUGCGGAUGUACCGGAAAAGCUCGACGAGGAAAGGAUUUGGUCUACCUGUUUACAAGAAUUACAAGGGAGUGACGAACUGGGAGCGCUUCCACAUGGGGAUACACCAGUACGGUCUCUACAGCCAGGACGACCACUACAUUGACGACCUGCUCAAGGACCUCGCCACGCUCCCCGUCGUCGAUGUUAAGGAAAUGCACGGUGGCUCCCAGCUGAAGCUUAUCACGACCUACUCUAACAAGGGACAGGCGUUAUUAAAACCGAGAAGGUUUCCACGGACAUAUGAGACGCCUCCGGACCAUUUCUACUUUCUGGACUUUGAGCGCCAUAACGCUGAGAUAGCUGCCUUCAAUUUAGACAGGCUGCUAGGUUUUCACCGAGUGCCCCCGACGGCCGGUCGCAAGAUCAACAUGACCCACGACAUCAAACGCUUCGCUGACCACAACCUUGUCAAGACCUUCUUCUAUUCCCCAGCUGGCAACGUGUGUUUCCACGGCUCGUGUAUCUUCUACUGUGACUCGACCCACGCCAUCUGCGGCAACCCAGACACCUCGGAGGCGUCGCUCGCAACAUUCCUUCCGCCAGAGAAAAUAGCACCAAGAGAAAGAUGGCUGAACCCAUGGAUUCGGUCGUACAGCAAGCAACGCAAAGCAUACUGGGAAGUUUACGAUGAUUUGUGCGACAAGGUGAGGAGUCGCCCUCCCUACAACUCUGGUCGUCGGCUCCUGGAUCUCAUGGAUAUAACAGUGUUCGACUUUCUGACAGGCAACAUGGACAGGCAUCAUUAUGAGACGUUUCUGGACUUCGGCAAUGAGACUUUCAUCGUGCACCUUGACAAUGGGAAAUCGUUCGGGAAGACGAAGCACGAUGAGAUGUCCAUCCUAGCUCCCAUCAGCCAGUGCUGUUUGAUCCGCCAUUCCACCUUCAUUAAACUAGUGAAGCUGUACCGGGGCCCCGAGAGUCUGAGCACUGUGAUGAGGCGAGUGCUAGCAGUAGACAUGGUCAGCCCCGUUCUCCUUGACCCCUUUCUGGACUCGCUGGACAGAAGGGUCAUGAAGGUCCUUCAUAUGGUCAUGGACUGUGUCAACCGACGUGGUCAACCGUAUAAGUCCGUCAUCGUCGAUGAUUUCUUCUAAUGUGAAUGAACAAAUUAUCAGAAAGGUUCAAAGAUGAUGUUCCCUUGAGCAAGGUGUAUCAAAAUGGUUUCUAACCAUUCUAGACAAACAUAUCAGACCAAACACCUUCAGGAUCACUAUUUGGUCAUUAGAGCCGGACGGAGGACAUGCUUCGUGUGGCCAGGCAUGUUUUAAACUGACCUGUGCAUUAAUCAUGGACAAUAGCCACCUCUUCAACUUUGGGACAAUUCAUUUCAACUUGGAUAUAUACCAUUGAUCAAGGGAUCAUUUUAAUUCAGUCCAGUCAAGUGUUCAACUCGUGUUAUGCUUUCUUUUACAGUGUAAACUAUGAAAGUCUAGUAAGAUGAUAUUAAUAUCAUAUUAUUAUCUUAAAUGAGUCAGAA